AUGUGUCUGUGGUUUCAUUCUCUAUCCAUAUGGACCGCCUUGGUCACCAUUUCUUUUGCUCAAAACAGCACCGACGGCGUCCGAAAUGCGAACCAUGUCUUCAACGCAAUUCAUGCUGUAAUGCGACACCCUAUUCUGUCGGAAUAUCCCAACGGAGUCUCAUUUUUCCUCGCUACUGUGCCAAAGGGCAUACAAUUUUACCAUGGUACUGGCGAAGAGCACCCGGUCACCGGCUUAGAAUGGCUGGCCUUUGAACCCGAGCAUUCGCUGGGCUUUGCUCAUCGAAGCGGACGACGACUUGAGCCUAGCGAAAGGGAAACCAGCCAAAAGCCGUUGCAGAAGGAGGAUCCUUUGGCUUCGACACAUGGUUACCUACACACUUAUGUAUCAGCGAAAGACCUCCGCCUCCUCUACCUAGAUGGCAUGUCUGCUGGCCCAAUGCGAUCACUGGAAGCGCAGGACCGCAUUCUCUUCAAUGAUAGUAUCCCUCAAAAUGAGAGGCCUGGAGGCGGAAGACCUGGGCAGAGAUCAGAGGUAGAGCAGCGUGGAAAGAAACUCGGCGGCCCUCCCAGCGAACAGGCUCGUGCAUUGCAGGCUUGCCAAAUGGCCGAAGAAAAAUGGGCUGGGCGGAUCGAUGGUCUCCUGCGAACAGAAGGUGAUUUUGAAAUCAUCUUAUGCAACUUUGAGCGCGAUCUCGACUUCGUUCGCAUCUCAGAAACAAAACCGCAAAAAUCAUCCGGAAAUGAUAGCCAUGGUCCUGGCGGUAAGAAGCCGGGUCGGAUGCCUGGUCGUGCUGUCACCUCGCGUUACGAUGACGUUCGAGGGCACCAAGCUAUUAUUGAUUUUGACCAUGUUGUUAGCGCUUACACCUAUAACUUGGACUUGUUCCCAAACAACACUAAGCUUCCGCAAUUAUCUCACAUUACACCAGAGGAGCUGAUUCCUAUCCAACUUGCCAUCGACUCGAUGAUCCUAAAUAACGAACCCUCAAGGAGCGCGUUCAACUGGCAGGCGGUGACCGAUGUUGUUAUUGAUCGGUAUUCAGUUCAACUGCGAAGCGUUGCUGAAGGAGAUUUUCAAUCCCUAGUGGCGCUGCGAGAGAAGCUGGAGACAUCUCUAGAGCCUUUUAUCGACUAUAGAGACUAUCAAAACAGCUAUGCGAUAAUAGAUAGCUGCCAGAGGCAAUUGAUUCCGCAAUCUGCACCUGAUUCUGGCUUAGCAAGUGAAGCGGUGCGUUAUAUUCUUCAUCGAAUUUGUACAACUUUUACAUAUACCUUGCUGGAUUCGCAAAUGGACCUGGAGACCGCGGUUGAAGGGUUUGCAGAGCUUGUUUCAUAUUUGUCCUGGAUUGAAUAG